AUGGGCGCACUAAGCUCCUCCAUGGACAAGUUCUUCGAGAGGGUAAUCAAUCCCUACUUGUCGGAGGUGAUGAAGCACCCUCAAGCCAUUGAGAUGCGUGAGGGGGUGCUCCACAUCCGGGAUGUUCAAGGGCCCAAGAAGACGGAAACCAUGGAGCCCAGGCUCGAGGCGGUGGAGCAAGAGAUCUUCAAGUGCCAAGGAAUGGUGGAGCAUGGACUCAGUGCCAAUCACCUCAUGAUCAUAGAAUUCACCCAUGAUCAGAAGGUGGAUGGCCGGUCUAUGAAGGACAUCGUCUUCACCUUCAACGAGCAAAUCAAUUUUCUGCAAAGCCAAAUCUAUGAUCUUCAAAAUCAAGUUUUUGAGUAUGAGGCAAGAUUUAAAGGUAUGAGUUUAGCUGCCAUUUGCAUGACUCAGGAGUCUCGUGCUUCCUCUUAUGAUGGUGAGCACCUGCCAUGGAAGCCAGAGGAUAAGUUUCUUACUACCUCAUCACCACCACCACCAUCUUCAUCACCGAAGGAGACUUGA